CUCGCGCUCAGUCUACAGUCAGCGAUGCGUGCGCUGGUUGCGUUGACCACGCUCGCCGCGUGCGUCGCGCACGCGCAUCAGCUAACACGCGACGCGCCAUAUCACAAUAUACUAUCCCCCAUCGGGACUAAAGGUCCCAUAAAGCACUUACUAACCUGCUCUCAAUCACUUGGACCUACAAAAUGCCUGACCGCCCUGAGCGCCUGGCGUGCUAAAAAAGCCAUCGAGUAUUUAGAUCGAGGGCUUCUUCCCAGUAACACUUCGAACAUCGAACAGUUUCCCUGGGAAGAAUACAGCAACACUUCCAGUGACCAAAUAAACACCCAGUUAUGUGAAGGCACCGAGAAAUUGCUACAUUAUAAGACGUUGAGUUUUACUAUGAUUCCAGGAUACAGAUUGGAAUUGAAGUCAAAAGAGAAUGGCAAAAUUAACGUCGAUGUACUAAAAAACGAAAUCACAACAGCUCGAGGAAGUAAACUGAAGAAACAAUUUUAUAACAUCGUGCCCAUACUUCUUAUACCGGGGCUGAUUAUGGCAGCUGUCCUGCCGUUCGUCCUACCAGCAAUGAAGUUAGCCACAGUGGCCACAGUAAUGCUGAACAACAUGGCACUCACCGGUGCUGUGUUCACACUACUCAGAGACAAUGCAUUCAACGACCAUUCCCGGCCGAAAGUUAAAUAUAUAAAUGCUGGAUGGAAAAACGAAGAGGAAUUGUACCACGUUCAUGAACAUGAGCACAGCGACUAUGAAGCCUACAGCAGUGACAGUAACAUUGAUUCUAUUGACCACGAUUUUGGGAACGUUAAAGUAGUGGGUGAUUAUUCGCAAAAUGAACAUACCAAACUCCCCGAACAUUGGCUAAAGAAUUAUAAAGACCAUGGCGACCAUGUUGAAUUGAGUAUUCAAUACGAACCACAUAAAAGAAGACGCGAAUAGGACUGGUGUCACUAUUACUUGCCUUUUACAUUUUGUCCAUAAUUAAACAAGUGGCACAACGCAGAACACGCCUUUUGAAAGCAGAGCGUCCAACCACAAAAGUACUUAAUAUUAAAACAAGAUUUUAUAA